ACUUCCGGCCGCGCUACUUCCGCUGGGCGGCUCGUUGGUGGGUGGUUCCGCCGCCCUCGCCGCUUUGCCGCCCUCUCGUCUCCCCCAUCAGGUGCCGCCCGUUCCGUUCCGCUCCGGCCUCCUCAGCGUCCGCCUCCCCCAGCCGCCCCUCAGCGCAAGGCCGCCGCGCCGAGGGCUGCCACCGCGGCGGCCUCCGCCAUGGGCGCGUAUCUCUCGCAGCCCAACACGGUGAAGAGCUCCGGGGAUGGGGCCGGGCUCGGGCCGCGCCCGCUGCACUUCGGUUUUAGCGCUAUGCAGGGUUGGCGCGUCUCCAUGGAGGAUGCACACAACUGCAUACCAGAACUGGACAGCGAAACGGCCAUGUUCUCAGUCUACGAUGGACAUGGAGGAGAAGAAGUUGCCCUGUACUGUGCCAAGUAUCUUCCUGAGAUCAUCAAGGAUCAGAAGGCCUAUAAGGAAGGCAAAUUGCAAAAGGCCUUGGAAGAUGCUUUCUUAGCCAUAGAUGCCAAGCUCACCACUGAGGAGGUGAUAAAAGAGCUCUCUCAGAUGGCUGGGCGACCCCAGGAUGAUGAAGAUGAGAAGGAGAAAGUUGCUGAUGAAGAUGAUGUGGAUAAUGAGGAAGCUGCUCUUCUGCACGAAGAAGCCACAAUGACCAUUGAGGAACUUCUUACACGUUAUGGACAAAACUGCACCAAGAACCUCAAACACAAGUCCUUAGCUCCGGCUGGGGACAAUGCUGCGGAGGGGACAGGCAAACAGCAUGAUGGGGAGUCAAAUAUGAACGGAGAGGCUGACCCAGGGGACCUUAUCGACCACAAGGAGAGGAAGAAUGGGAAGCCAGAUGAAGAAUUCACGGGUAUUUCCUCCACCUCAGACAAAGCCAGCACUGGAGGCAACAGCCCUGCUCUGCAGAAGCCUGAACUAGGCAAAGGUGACGAGGCCGUCACCUCUUCUACUGGGGAGGCCGGGCCCUCCUGCUCCUCCACGGGAAAGCCCCAACGCACAACCAAAUCCAAAUUUUUUGAGGACAGUGAGGAUGAGUCAGAUGAGGUUGAGGAAGAGGAGGAAGACAGUGAGGAAUGCAGUGAAGAUGAGGAUGGUUACAGCAGUGAAGAGGCAGAGAAUGAAGAUGAUGAAGAUGACACUGAAGAAGCAGAGGAGGAUGAGGAUGAAGAGGAGGAAAUGUUGUUACCAGGCAUGGAGGGGAAAGAGGAGCCUGGCUCUGACAGUGGGACGACUGCUGUCGUGGCCCUCAUCCGAGGCAAGCAGCUGAUCGUGGCUAACGCUGGAGACUCACGCUGCGUGGUGUCAGAAGGUGGCAAAGCUGUCGACAUGUCGUAUGACCACAAGCCAGAGGAUGAGGUAGAACUGGCCAGGAUAAAGAAUGCUGGUGGCAAGGUCACCAUGGAUGGGAGAGUGAAUGGUGGCCUCAACCUCUCCAGGGCAAUCGGUGAUCACUUCUACAAGCGGAACAAGAAUCUGCCUCCAGAAGAACAGAUGAUCUCUGCCUUGCCUGACAUCAAAGUACUGACAAUAAACGACGACCAUGACUUCAUGGUCAUUGCCUGUGAUGGAAUCUGGAAUGUGAUGAGCAGCCAGGAGGUGGUGGAUUUCAUCCAGUCCAAGAUCACCCAAAAGGAUGAGAAUGGAGUCCUGAGGCCGCUCUCCUCUAUCGUAGAAGAGCUGCUGGAUCAGUGUUUGGCUCCAGACACUUCAGGGGACGGCACUGGCUGCGAUAACAUGACCUGCAUCAUUAUCAGUUUUAAACCCCGCAAUACACACCCACCUGCUGAAAGUGGGAAGAGGAAACUGGACGACGUGGCAGCACCGGCAGCACCAGCAGAGGAAAACGGCAGCGAUAAGAAGAAGGCCAAGUUGGAAUAACAAGCCUCGCACAGGGACUGUGCUGUGCGCUCACCAGACUCUCGUUUCUUAAACAUGCUGAACUCAAGACUCCACAAAGUCUUGUCCUUUUUUUAGCCUUAGCAGAGGCCUUGUUUGUCCGUGUCCGGGGUGGGGGGUGGGGGGUGGGUCUGGUUAGCGAGGGCAUGUGGCGCUGUUCAUCCGUAACCAUUCCAAAGAGUGAAGCCAAGGGCAGAGCUGCACGCGGGAGCAGCCACCAGCCGCGACGUGGGAGCCCACCAUCAAGUGGCAGCUUCUUCUUAGCACAGAGCCCUGUGGUUAGAAGGAUGGUCCCCCCUCCCUACCCCCCCAUUGUCUCCAUGUGGUUGUUGCCAUUUCUGUGCCUGUGACUUUUCUGUUCCGGAGGGAAAGAACUUUUUUCACUUGUUGAGGUUUUUUAAAAUCUGCACCCAAUUAUUUAAGGCCCUUUUCUGUUUUUAUUUGUGAACCAAUCCGGCUGUGGUGCUGCCGCCACACCUCAUGCUGUUGUACACUUUCAAUCAAUACCUUUUUCAAACUAAAAAAAGCCUGGAAAACACGGUUGUA